AUGAUCCCAAAAAGUGGAAAACCAGAUCCACUCCUUGAUGAUAUUCAAGAUCUUAUUGCAAACAAACAUACGUCACCAGAUGUUAUUGAUGUGAGCGAAGAAAUCCAAUAUCUUGAAAGUUUAAAGGAAAAAUCGUCCAAAAAAUCACACGAGAAAUCACAACUAAAAGAAAAACUAAAAGAAACAGAGUCAAUGAACAAAAAACUCUCAGAAAUUUUAAAUAAGUAUGGAAUUGAUCUAGAAGGAAAGCAAAGUUUGAAACCGAAAUCGAUUCAAUCUGUUAGCAUAAUCGAAAGAUACUGCGAUGAUGAUACAUCAACCAUAUCAAGUGAGGAAAUUAAAAAUAAAGUUCAUAAAUCUGAAAUAAAGUUCCAAACACUCCCAGAUAUUGAUAUAGAGGAGUCAAAUAGAACUACUGUUGAUACAAAUACUCAAAUUGCAGACUUAAAUCAAUUGAAAGAGUUACAUCUAACUACAGAGUCAAGAGUAUUGUUUUCAAAUCAAGGAAUAUCGAAAGAUCUUAAUAACGAAUCGUUAUCGCCUAAAAAAGAAACACAAAUACAUCUAACGAAUUCUAUCGAUCAUUCAGCUGAUUACUCAGCUGAAAGUUCUUAUAGUCAAUCUUAUUCUUAUGAAUAUACAGAUAAUCAACUUCAAAAUCAGGAUGAUUCAUCCUCUUUUUCUGAAACUAAAAAUAGUAACAGAAUGAAGUAUAUUUCAGAGAAAACUCAACAGAUAUUAGACCAAAUAAACGCUCAAAUUAAGAAAUCUGGUUGUUGCAAAGAAAAUAAAAAAUGCAAGUGUCAACAAGAGAUGAAUACUAGUAAGAACACUACAGACAAGAAAAAUGUAAGACAAUUUGAUGCUAAUAAGAAUGAUCAAAUCGGGAAUGAGAAAAAUAAAUUUGUUCAAGCUAACAACAAGUUCUCUAAUAGAUACCAAUCAAUGUCAACUAGUGAGUCGAUGUUAAGCUUAUCCAGAAGUGAUCAAUAUAGUGCUUCAAAUCAAACCCCAUCUUUACCUCUUCACAAAAACCAAGCGAUUACUAAGCAACAUCAAGAAGAAGUAAAAGUUCCCGAAGAAAAAACAUAUUUUAACCAAGUGUCAAAAAAUUCCAUUUCAUCAGAAAACGUUAAUUCCAGUUUAGGUGAUGAUCAUAGCGAUUCAGGCUCGGCACACUUAAGUAAUAAUUUUAAUCACGAGAUUAAGAAUAACAUUUCUGGAAAAUCCGAUUCAGAUGAAGAGGAAGAAGAGUCAAUAGACACAGAAACAAUUAGCGAUUAUUCUGAUUCAUCGGAUUCUGAUUUUGAUCACUUUCCAAAGAAAGCUGAUUUUCAGUCAUAUCUCGAAAAAAAUCUUUUAAUUAUCAAAGAAUGUCUGAAAGGAACAUCACAACAAAGCACAUUAAUGGAGUAUAUUAAGCUGACACAAAGUGAUUAUCUUUCUAAACAGAAAUAUUUUGAUAAAUCAGAUGCCUGUUGUAUGAUUGAGAUUGCGGCAAAACAUAUUAUAUCAUCCAGGCUUAGGAAAUGA